CAAGCAAACCUUGGUGUAGAGCUCUCACAGCGAAAUACCUGAAAUGUGGAUCCUUAAUGCACUGCCCUACCUCUCCUAUAGCCUCAGCCACAUGAAAGAGCAUCUUGAAGACGUUUGGGUGGGUGAUAAGCCUUUGUAUGAGGUGGCUCUUUCCCCUACCUUGCCUGGUUUUGUAGACAUCCCUGUCUCGUAUGCUAUCACCCCAUCUGGAGACUGGAAUGAAUCUUGGCUUGGUCAUCUACUUCCUGAUCAUGUAGUGGCUCAGAUUUUAGCAACCCCACUCCCAGCUUUUGGACAGCAAUCAGACAAAGUAUUUUGGUCUGGACUGCCAGAUGGUUCUUUCUCUGUUAAGUCGGCUUUUCAUCUUUUACAACAGCAGCAUGUUAGCUUAACCCAGCAAGGGGAGAACUGGCGAUGGAUAUGGAAGCUAAAGUGCACAGAGAGAAUUAAGAUGUUUGUUUGGCUCCUUCGAAAAAAUAGAGUGCUCACAAACAGUGUACGCUUCGCGAGACACUUUGCUGCAUCUCCGGUUUGCCCGAGAUGUGAACAGAGCCCAGAGACUCUGCUCCACCUUUUACGUGAUUGUUAUCACUCCCGUCUGAUUUGGGAGUCAUUUGCUGCGCUCCCGGCUGACUUUUUCAUGCUGAAUUUUGAAGAAUGGUUAAAGAAGAAUGCGCAAGCUCAAAUGUCCAGUGGUGCUCCAUCCCAACAUUGGUCUACUCUUUUUUUAUCUACUAUUUGGGUGAUCUGGAAGAGUAGGAAUGCACUCAUUUUCAACGAUAAAAAGACCCCUCCCCAUGUUUUGUUUCAACAAGCUUCCUCCCUAGCAAGAGAUACAAACUUGGUGUUGGCCACCAACAUUCCCUCAUCUCCCCGUGUACCUCGAUGGGUACGCUGGUUCCCACCAGAUUUCCCUUUUUUCAAACUGAACACAGAUGGGGCGAUGAAUCACGCCACAGGUCAAGCUAGUGCAGGCGGUCUCAUUCGGGAUCAUGGAGGGCGGUGGAUACAUGGGUUUGCUAUUAACAUUGGGCCACAAUCUAGCUAUACGGCGGAGAUCUGGGGCUGUCAUUCUGGUCUUCGGUUAGCUCUUGAGUUGGGUAUUAGUCACUUGGUACUGGAAAUGGACUCCCUCCUGGCGGUGCAGUUGAUACAGGCAAGGAAAGCCGGCAACGGUCCAGCUUCUGUACUCUUGUUGGAUAUAUUUCAUUUAGCAAGUUCCUUCGAGGUUUGCACAAUCCAGCACACGUUGCGAGAAGGAAACUCUGCAGCUGACUUUAUGGCAUCUGUUGGCCAUAACCUUAAUCGAGGCAUCACCUUCUUCCAGACGCCACCUCCGGGCAUGCAAAGUAUUCUCCACGGAGACAGCAUAGGAUCAUUAUUCCUUAGGACUUAGUGUUUGCUUAAUUUCUUAUGUACCAAAAAAAAAAAAAACAAGAGCAAAGUUAGAGAAAAGCUAGGUUGAAGUCUUAUUUGAGACGUAAUGACAGCGGCAGGGUGCUUGGGCAUGAAGGGAAAUUUUUUGGUAAAUAAAAAAUAGGGAAGAUU